GGGUUUAGGUUAGCAAAAGUGGUUAGUCGGCCCCCCGAAGGUCGUGUCCCCGAACUGGCGCAGGCGGCUCUGCGGCACCCUUCCAGAAUACAGCUGGCGCUCCGUCUCGGUGGGCUCCUUGACGUCCUCCGUCUGCAGCUGGAUGUUACCGGAAGCGUCGCGCGUCCGCGGCGUCUGCCACUUCGACGCGAUGAGCUGCCGCGGCUUGGCCACGACGGCGGCCUGGGGGUUCCGCCGCUUAUCCAAGGAAGGGUACUCCUUGUCGUAGACCGUGAGCAACCGCUUCUGGUCCUCGUACUGCGCUUUUUUGACGCCGGGCAGCUCGUGGGCCUUGAACGCGUGAUUUCCUUUCGUGGCCAACCAACCCGCGUUCGACAUGGGGCUCCAGGAGUGGACCGCGUCCAAUUCAUGGUUGAUCGUGUGCUGCUCCUGGGCCUUGAUCUGGGACAUGCUCGACUCCCAGGAGCUCUUCGUGUUGCUGAGGUCCUCGGCCAUGGCGACGGCUGGCGUCCUCUGGGCAGCGUCGCAGCCGUACCCUGGGAUGGCAGGGAGAGCACCGGCGCUGAGAGAGUGCGCACCCGUAUUGAGGCUACGGGGCAGCGUAAUUGGCAGGGA